ACAUUUAUGACUGCAAGCAAUAUCAGUGGUAAAGCCGACAAAACACGUAAACUGAUUGAAGAUUAUGUAACCUCAACAACAUUUGACAAACGGUGUAUCGAGUUUAACAUCGAGUAUCAGCACCUGUACACUACAUGCCUGUCCAAACCGGUAACGCUGACAUUGUUUGGGUUCGGAUCGAUCACUAAAGUAUCGCUGGGUAUGGCACUGAUAGCCUGUUUGCCGUACAUACCGGAUAUCGUUGAGUUUAGUUUGGAGCAUAAGAUCCCAAUCAAUCAGAAAGAUUUAAAUCGUUAUAUCAAUCGGUUUGUCAACGAAACACUUGAUGGCGGCAACAAUGAUGAUGAUAAUGAUUGACAUCAAUAUAUAGAUAGAUAGUUAUCCACAAAAAAAUCAAACCAUAAACUUAUUGACCAUUGUUUUUGUAAUAAUAAUAAUAAUAAGAAAAUAAAU